UGUAAACAGCGGAGACAGUCGGGGACAUCGGGGGAGACAUGACCAAACUGGACCUGCUCAACGUGUUCCUGAACGAGCGUCUGUCCGCCGCGGCGCAGGACAUCUUCCGCGCGGUCAAGGACACGGUGGCGGAGUACCAGGGCGAGCUGCUCCGGGCCCGGGAGGAGAACCAGCGGCUCCGACAGCUCCUGGACGCGGCGGUGCAGCGGCUCCUCCUGCGGCCAGAGUCUCAGUCGGAGGCGUCUCCCGCGGGCGCCGAGCGUCUGGGGCACGAGUGGCGCUGCGCCGUGGAGCAGGCGCCUCUGGUCAAAGUGGAGCCCGCAGAAGAAGACCAGAGCUCGGCCUGCGAGUCGCCGCCCGCGCCCGUCCAGAUCAAGACGGAGCGGAGCAAACAGGAGGCGGGCGCGGAGCACACGUCGCCCGCGCACACGCCCACGCACGCGCACACGCCCACGCACACUUUAAGCAGCCUCUGUCCCACCGGCAGCGGGCACGGCGCCAACCCCGCCCGCGCGCCGCCGUCCCGCCGCUCCCCCGAGCCCGUGCCCGGCCUGCACCGCUGGCACAGCUGCGUGGAGUGCGGCAAGAGCUUCAGUUUCGCGUGCCAGCUGGAGGUGCACAUGCGCUGGCACACCAAAGAGAAGCCGUACCUGUGCACCGUGUGCCGCAAGAGCUUCACCACGGUGAGCAUGCUCAAACGCCACCACCGCAUCCACACCGGAGAGAAACCCUUCCACUGCCACGUCUGCGGGAAGAGCUUCAACCAGUCCGCCCACCUCAACACCCACUUCAGACUGCACACGAGAGAGCACCCACGAGAGCACCCACGAGAGCACCCGCGAGAGCACCCGCGAGAGCACCCGCGAGAGCACCCGCGAGAGCACCCGCGAGAGCACCCGCGAGAGCACAGGGACCCCCGGGGCAGAGGGGGGCGCCGCAGCUCUGCCCUCUGUAAAUGACUCAUGAAAAUGGAGCUUUUGUUUGUGUUUAGUCUCUAGUUUCUUGUUCUGUUGGUCUCGUGUGGCUGUGGAAUAAAAACGUCCAAAU